AUGUCAGACAAGCGGGUUGUAUUGUUUGAUCUCGCUCGGCGAGGCGGCAACUCAUGCUGGUCCUUUAAUGUCUGGAAGACGCGCCUAGUGCUGAACUACAAGGGCAUACCGUACACUACAUCAUGGAUAACCCACCCAGAAAUUGCACCGACUUUUGAUGGGCUCGGCAUCCCACCGAAUAUGUCCGGCCAAGGCUCGCCUUACAGCGUACCGAUGAUCCGCUUGCCAAAUGGUGACUGUGUCAUGGACUCGGCCGCGAUCGCGAACAAGCUCGAGGAGCUGUAUCCUCAACCAUCGCUACAUUUGGACGCAGGUCUCCAUGGCAAAGCGACGGCGGCGGGAGGCAAAGUAGCGGGUCCGUUAGUACCAAUCUUCAUGCCGCGGGUGGGACGGGACAUGGUCGCUGAGAGCUCUGUAUCGUGGUUCAGGGAAGCACGGCACAAGAUGUUUGGCAUGAGCUUAGAAGAUCUUGAGGCGACUCGCGGAGGGAAGCAGGCUUGGGCGGCGGCCAAGGCAGCAACGCGAGAGCUGGAGGCUUGGGUCAAAGAGACCAAGAAGGAGGACGGACCAUUCCUGCUGGGCAGUGAGGUGAGUUAUGCUGACUUUGUGAUAGUAGCGUUCAUGGAGGCCCUGAAGCGCAUCGGGCCGGAUAUCUAUGAUCGAGUCUGUGGUGAUGAGGAGGCGCUGGUCGCGAUGCACCAUGCGACCACUCCAUGGCUAAAGCGCGAUAAUUAG